UCACAUAACACACACGUAUGUGCACACAAACCAAAGCUAAAACAAACAAACCAUCCUUUUAAAACACACAAUACACACACACACACACACACACACACACGAUAUAAAAAACACAAACAAAUAAAAAAAAUAAAAAAACACCUGAAAAUUUAAGGAAAAAGAGACGGAGAAAGAGAGAAAGAGAGGGAGAGAGAGAGAGAGACGAUAAUCACGGACAUCAAGUUGGGAAAUUUACCUGGAGUGUGUCAGUGUAUCAGGGAACAGGUGAAAGUGUGGCGUAGUGGCAGAGGCAGCACAGAGGAGAGGCUGGGAGAAGAGAGGAAGGAGGAGAAGGAAAAAGAAGAAAGAAAACCAGAUAAAAAAACAAACAGGAAAGACACAAAGACCAAAAAGGAGAAGCAGAGACGAAAAAAAAAAAAAAACCGUGCAUGCGCUUUUCUACUUGUGUUUACGAGUAUCAGUGCGUGUAGGGAGUAAACACAUUAGAAUCAACACCCCCAUUGCCUCAUGACGUGGGACUGUUUACCAUGAGGUGGGGGAGAGGGUGCGAGGUGAGAAGAGGCUGUGAGGAAGGUGAAAUGUGCUCCUGGAGAUGACAGGACUAAAGGGCAAGGUCAACGGGAAGGUGCUGGUGCCUCCCGAAUCUGACGAAGACCAGUUCACGGGGCCGCUUCAUGAGAGGCAAUGCAGAGACGUGUUGUUCCUCCUCCUCUUCAUUGCCUUCGUGUUUGGGGCGAUUGGCUACCUGGUGUUCGUGAGCUUGAAGGCGGACCCUGCACGCCUCUGGCACGGCCAUGAUAAAUACGGCAAUGUCUGUGGCCGCAAGAAUGACCCUCUCCUGGACCUUGCCGGUUCAGGGAAGGACUUCAGCGACAGCCCAUUUUGUGAGGUGUAUCAACUCUCAGACGUCGUGGAAGGCGUGGAGACAAAUGAAGCACCGUGCAAAACCUGCGUCGAAAAUUGUUCGAAAAAAGGCACGCAGAUUGCUUUCUACUGCACCAAACUCAACCUGACGAACGUAGGCGAGAGGACGGACAUCGCCACGAAGGCAAUAUUCGGGACAAGCCUCAGCGACUUCUUUGAGACCGCGGGGCGCGGACCUCGACAUCGCAGGAACGUCGCUAGCCAUUCUUGCUGUCAUUGCGAUCGCUCUUGGCCUUGUCUUUAUUCUCAUGCUCCGGUUCCUAGCGCAAGUGGUGGUGUGGAUAACGAUACUGGCCAUGGUGGUGGGGUCCAUAGGGGGCACGGACGUACCUCUGGGUGCAGUGGUACCUCCACGACCAGAAACUCAAGAAGGAGAGGGAAAAUGGAGCAGAAUUUUUGGGCGGACUGGAGACUUUCGUGCGGAACCUCAUGAUCGGUGCUAUUGUGGCCACGAUAUUCACACUGCUGUUACUCGCACUCCUGAUAGCCAUGCGGAACAGAAUCAGGCUAGUCAUUGCGCUCUUCAAGGAGGCGGGCAAAGCAGUGGCGGCCAUGCCUCUGCUAAUGUUCCAGCCUUUGUGGACGUGCCUGUGGCUUUGCGUGGUGGGCAUCGUGUGGGUGGCUGGCUUUGCCCUUAUUCUGACGGCUGGGGAGCCACGGAAGAAGAAUGAUGGUGUGAUCUUUGUCACCAUGCCCUUCAUUGAGCACAUGCGUUGGUACCAUGUGUUUGCCUUCCUGUGGGUGACCCAGUUCAUCCUCGCCUGCCAGGACGUCACCAUUGCAGGCGCUGUGGCUCAGUGGUACUUCACCAGGAACAAGAAGCUGCUUGGCUGGCCCAUCCUGACAAGCAUGAAGAGACUGUUUCGCUACCACCUGGGGUCAGUGGCCUUUGGUUCCCUGCUCAUUGCUAUUGUCAAGUUUAUCCGUGUGAUCUUUAAGUACCUAGAGAAGCGACUCAGUGGCACAACCAACCAGUUCUGCUCCUUCUGCCUCAAGUGCUGCCAGUGCUGCCUGUGGUGCUUUGAAAAGUUCCUUAAGUUUCUCAGCAGGAACGCCUAUAUUGAGAUAGCUAUCUACGGGUACAGCUUCUGCAAGGCCGCCCAGAAAGCCUUCUCGCUCCUGGUCAGCAAUGCACUAAGAGUGGCCGCCAUCAACUCUGUCGGUGCCUUUGUCCUCAUCCUCACCAAGCUGUCCAUUGUUGCCAUCACCAUUGCCAUUGGUUAUGUAAUUCUGCGGACCAAACAAGAGCUGACAUACAUCUGGGUGCCCCUGCUGAUUGUGUUCAUCUACUCCUACUUCAUUGCCCACUGUUUCAUCUCCGUCUAUGAGAUGUGCAUUGACACUCUGUUCCUGUGCUUCUGUGAGGACUGCGAGAGGAAUGACGGAAUAAACAGCCCAUACUACAUGAGUCGGGGACUGAUGCAAUUUGUGGAGAACAGCAAAAAGGCGCUAGAGGCACUGGAGGCACGGCAGAAGGAGGGAAGACUAGCUCAGGCUGUGCGGAAACCCAGCGCCGUUCGGCCAGCCACAGCCAUCCGUCCCACCACUGCUGUGUCCACAACGAUGAUUAGUGGAGCACCGGCCAUCCCUUCACCUGCCCACUACAUCACCCCUGCAGCUUAGAGGUGUGUUCAGGGAACCAACAACCACUGAAACAUAAAAUAAGGAUGAGAAGACCAAUGAGGAUCUAUCAGCCUAGAAGUGUCCUAAGGGAACCAGCAACCAAUGAAACACACUGGGAUAGGGAUAAGACUGACCCAUCCACUACAUCAUCCCUGCAUCCUAGAGGUGUGUUCAGGGGACUGAGAACUAUUGAAACACACUGGGAAGGGGAUGAGAAGAGAGGGAAGGACCCACCAGCCUACAGGUGUCUUGAGGGAGACAGUAACCAAUGAAAUACACUGGCAUGGGAUUGAUAAUACUGAUGAGAAUUUGUAUAGCAGUGCCUUAAGUAUACAAAAUCUGUGUGUAUAAUAAAAAUAUGAGAUUUUGUGUACAUCAAAUUAAGUAAACUUUCAUUUUGGUUUAUGGUAAAGAUGCAAAUUACGAGCCUUUGUGAAUGUCAAACUAAGUAGUUUUUUACUUUGAUUUAUAGUACAGACACAAAUUAAGAGCCCUCAUGAAUGUCAAACUAUCAGUAAUUUCAACUUUUAUGAUAAAAGACAAAUUAUGAGACAGUCCACACUACAAUCUUGUGAUAGAUGGCAUGUUGGUACCUUAAUAUGCUUUUCAUGAGGCUGUAUUAUUUUUGCAUGUUUUAACUGUCCACUGCAGUGUUUUUCAGUGUCCCAGUAUGGAUUGUAUUGUUCCUAUGAGACAGUCCCUGAUGUAUUCUUGUGAUAGAUAGCAUGCUGGUGUCAUAAAAAUAAGCUUUACCUCACAAAACAGGAAUUACCAGUAUAUUUUCACAUGUUUUAGCCCUCCAUUAUAAUGCCCUUCAGUGUCUCAAUACGGAUUGUGUUGCUCCUAUGAGACAAUCCAUGGCAUAAUUUUAUGACACAGCAUCUGCUUUACUUUACAAAACAGCAAUUACCAGUCUAUUUUUUCACAUUUUAUCUAUCCAUUGUGCAGUGUUUCUCUGAAGCAGUCCAUGGCAUCAUCUUGUGAUAGCAUGUUGAUAUAAAAACAUACUUUACUUCAUGAAACAGUAAUUACCAGUAUUUCUAAUGUGUUUUAGCCACCCAAGAGUUCCUCAGUGUCCGAGAUAAAAUUUUAUGAGGCAGUCCAUGGUUUAAUUUUUGAAAGAUGGCACAUUGGUAGCAGGAUAAACAUCUUUUACUUCAUGAGACAGUAAUUACCAAUAUAUACCCAAAAUGUUUUCACCAUUUGCCUUGCUUAAGUGUAUGUGUGAUUAAUGUGAACUGUGAUAAGUGUGUAUCCAGACCAGGCUGUGUUUAUUCUAUAUUUAAGUUGUUUGAUAUGCAACACCCUGAGAGUUGAGACAGAACUGCUACUCCAAUAAGCCUUCAGACCAUCCUAUCCUAUCCACUGAUUUACAGAUGACAUUCUGAAAUAUCUCAUUGUCUGAUCUCUUUGAUUUGGGCAUGCCAUAGUGGAACUUGUUGGAAUUUUCAAGGGUGUUUUUAUAAUUCUGGUAAUGGUUUAACAGGGAUUCUACAUCAUAUAUGUAGAUAGUAUGUCUAACCAUGAGGACACUACCAUUCAUAACUGUGGUCUUUGAAAAUGUUCCUGAUGAAAGAACAGAGUGUUCACAGCUGUCUCACUCCCUCAUCAGCCGUCACCAGCCCUCUGUCAGUGGUGUGGUAAUGCAAACACCAGCUGCAUGCAACACAAGUGGUGCUCUUCACUGUGUUCAAGCAUUCCAUUUUGGCUCAACUGUGACAUGAACAUUUCCUUGAAACACUGAAGUAGUACAAACCAUUUUGUGUAUGUACGAUAAUUAGGUGUGUAUGUUUAUAUGUACAGUCAUCUCUCAUUAACCAUGAUUUUAGUUUCCACAGUUUUACUUUUACAUGGAUUGCUGCCAACUCCAAAUUCAUAUCAAGUGAGGAGGCAAUGAGAGGCAGCCUACCAGUAUUCAUCACUUUUUAUCUUUUUAUUUUUUUAGUUAACUAAUAAAUAAAAAUUUUGUAACCAUGUAAAUGCAGUUUUUCUUAACUUAAAUAAGGUUUAGGAGGCUCAGGAGUCUUCUUAAUUGAGGGUCACUAAUUUUUACAUGAUUUUCCUUAUCCAUGGGCAUGUCUGUUACCUGACCCCCAUGGGUAAUGAGGGAUGCCUGUAUUAUGUGUGUGCUGUCUCAUUUUGGCUUGGGUGCAAUGGCAGGAUAGAACGCAUGUAGUGUGCACUCAUUUGAUGCUUUUUAUCAUGUCCCGUUUGAAGAGUCACAGAAACAGAUAUUGAUAUGAAGGUGGGACAAGUGUUUGGCCAUGAGGGGUGCCAUGGCUGAGCACUGAAUCCCUGACACAGCCUGACAGUGCCUUAGAUGUUGUGAGCAAACAAUCAAGUUCCUCAGUCAUUCUGGGAACCUUCAUGCCUCCAGCACUACAUUCAGGUCUCAGAUGGGUUGCACAAUGAAGUAUUUCCAGUAUUAAGCUCUGUAUUCUUAAAUGUUUUGGUGACUACUUCUUCCUCUUCUACUUCUUCCUCAUCUUCAUUAUCACCUUCCUUCUUACAAUUAUUCUUCAUAUCCUUUUCUUUUUCUUCUUCUUAUCGUCUUGAAGAAAAGUGGAAGUUAAUUGGGUUUUCAAGUGUUUGUAUGACUGUGAGAUACCUUAACAAGAAUUCUGCACCAUGAAUAGAGAUGACACCCAUGGGAAUCUGACUGGCCUGUGCAGCCUUUAAAAACAUUUGAGAGAGCAAAAUAUUUAAGAAUACAGGGCUAAGCAUUCACUCCCACUACCAUGUGUUACUCUAUGCACAGACGCAAACAUAUGCCUUGAUGUCCUACACUCUGGACACUCACCAAAGCAUGUCCUUAGGGUAGGAUUACAGAUUGUACCCUUGACCCUCUUCAGUACAAAAUUCCAUCAAUACAAAGGCAUUGAUUUAACCCUUUCACUGGUGUUUGGUACGUUUAAUUACUAACCAAUCUAAGAUUUUUUGUUUUGUUUUACAGUUUGUACUGGUCAGAAAUGGUUAAAUCUAUUCUUUUUAAUCCCUGUUUUAAUGUGGAUGUUUAUAAAUAUUUCAUGCAUUACUUCUAGUGCUGUAAAUUGUUGCAUAUCACUAUGAAAGGGUUAAAACAUUCUGAACAUCACUAGAGGGGUAUUGUUUAUUGGAGGUAGGAGGUGAAGGGAACAAACACUGGGGAAUGAGUUCUUUACACCUGACUAGUUUUGCUGCAGCUUCUUUUUCUGUGAAACCAGUCAGAAGUAAAGCACUCAUUCCUCAGCCUGUUUCCUUCACCACUUGCCUUCAAGCUGUUACAAAUCAUUAUAGUAAAAGAAAAAAAAAUGUGACACAGAGUUUGUUAGUAGGACCUCCAAGGGUGUCUUCAUGAUUCCAGUGAUGGUUUAGCAAAGAUUCUGCAAAACUAAAGGGAAAAAAACAUCACAAUUACUUUUAAUGGGCUCUAGUGGAAGUUACUGGGAGCUUCAAGGCUGUCUUCAUGAUUCCCAUGACAGUUUAAUCAAGACUCUGCAAGACUAAUGAGAGAAAACAUCACAUGAACUGGUUAAUCAUUGCUGUGGAUCUUGAAAACAGUCCUUAUGUGGAAAGAGAGUUUAAUAUUUUCACUACUAGACAAAUAUUUUCCUAAAUCCACCUACAACUUUUUAAAUGUUUACUUAUGUACAUAGAUACAGAUGACAAGUGACAGUCUCUUGAAAAGUUUGUGGCCUCGAAAAGACAAAAGUAAACUCUCUUAUCUCUCGCUUUUUCUUUCUGUAACCAUGGGAACAUUUUUUAUGCCUGCAAAGUUAACAAUAUAUAGAUAUGCAUAAAUGGCCACAGCAGCAGUUGCUUGAAUAGUUAUGUGGCCUAGAAAAGACAAGACAAUAAAAAAAAAACAUUCGUUUAUAUACACACACACACACACACACACACACACACACACACACACCCCAAAGAUAAAUCGGUAAACAUUAUGUCCAGUGAAAGGUUUGUUAUAUGUUCCUUAAGACAUGUUAUGUAAUGCUAAGCUACCUGUUACGUGUUCCACCUGUGUUAUUAAAUAAAAAUACAAAAAAUG